AUGGCUUGUGUUACUCUGAAGAGGCCACAUGCUCUUGAUAUUCUACAGACUUCAUCUAAACGCGGACGCUUUGCGUGUUCCAAUUCUCCCAAUGUUGUUGUUCCAGAUUCGCCAUUUGUUCCCCGCGAGCCCAUAACUCAAGGUAGUUCAUUUUAUUUUGAUCUUAGCUUGCUGCAUCUCUUGGCUGAGCAUCCGGAAUUUUCUUUUACAGCACAAUUAAAACGAAGGAUUAAGGAUGAGAUUAGAAGGCUUCAAAAACGUCGUCUGAUACCACGCUUUUUUGGAGGGUCUCUUCAAACCAGCGAAUCAAUUAGUUCGAUAUUCGAGAGCUCUCUCUCUGGCGAAAAGGGUAAGAUAUUUUUUGUUGCGGAACGGGCUCAAGCAAUUAACUCAUGCAGUGAUAUGACAAAUAGCAUGCGCUCAAUGCAGCUUUCGUCCCCCAAGUCAGACCACCAUGACUUUGAUUCUGAUCUUGCGGUUCCCAAUGAAUGCUCAACUCAUAAUAAAAAAGAUGUCGCUCUCUCAAUGGCGUCUGAGUUUGAUGCGAAUAAAAUUUCAAAAUCAGAUCAUGGAACUGAGAAGAAUGAGUUUAGUCUACCUCCAUAUCCUCGUGCUUCUUGUCGCAGUGCCCAUGCCACAUUAGAUGCUGUGCCGAUUUUCACGCUACCUCAAGUUACUGCACUCUGUGAGCGAGUAGUCAAUGAAUGUGAGGAAAGGCUACGCCAAGAAUAUGAUUCAGUUCUUUCUUACAAACUAGCAGGUAAGUGCUGUUUUAUUCGUUAUGUGUAG